AGCUGUAUGAUGGCAUGUUGAAUGGCAUCUGAUAGACAUUGGUUGAAACUCGGAAGGUGUAUAUCACAUCUUCCAAUAAAAUCUGGUACUAAAAAAACGUUUCAGUUUUGAAAAAAAUGGGAAAAUGCACUCACCUGGCCCUAAGCAGUAGACGAAGAUUAUGAGGGCUGUUGGAAGGAUUAACGACAAAGUUUUCAUUUUUGGUAUUACGAUUUGGUGACCAGGGUUUCUGUAUUUAUAGGAGAACUGAUUUUUUUUGGAAGAUAACGAAUAUUUAUUGCCACAUUUUUGUCACUAAAGUAUUUAAACGUUCAAAGUCUGGGAAUCCGUCAAGUGCACUCCCAAACGAAAAAUGAACAGUUUAGUGUUCUGUGUAAUAUUUUUGCUAAUUUCUUGCAGCGGCCUCCAACUUCCUUCCAGUUUCAAAAAAUGUGAUCGAAGAAGAAGCGACUUUAACCGGUGUUUAAGCAAGGCUAUUUAUAAAGCUGUCAAGGUUCUAGACAAGCCUUUGAAAUUUUAUGGUUUGCCAAGUUUAUAUGAAGUCGCAUUUCCUCCAGAAUUUGUAAUUGAAUUUGGAAAUAGUACAUAUGGAUUAAGACAAAAGUAUACUAACUACAGACUUAUUGGUCUUACUAAGCCACAAAGUAUAACAGCUAGACUAUAUCCUGGCCCGUUAGCUAGUAUACUGACAAUAGAAGCCACUUACCAUAAACUCGAGUGGGAAGUUGAAUUGGAAGCCCAAGGAACCCUCGUUCUUUUACCUUUGAACGUAAAAACACCACUCGAUUUCACUUUCGAGAACCCAACGUUCACUUUCACUUUUGAAUUAGAAGAAUACGAAAAAGGUGCUACUUAUUUCAGAGUAAUUGAUUCUGGAUUGGAUAUGCAAGCCCAUGGUAUUAAGUUUGAUUUUAAACACUUAUUUUCAAACAGGCAUCUAAAUAAGGAAUUUAAUUCGGAAAUGAGCGCGAAAGGGCGGCAAAUUUGUAUCCUUUUCAAGAGCUUAGGAACGUUCUUUGGGCGCUAUUUUGGCUCGGUGUUCAAUAGCUUGUUGGAAAAAGUGCCAGCUAGUGAACUUUUUGACGGUUAAUUGUUUUGUUUGUGUAAAUUUUGACGAAGAGUAAAAGUUUUGACAUUUUUGCGCAGUUUUAUUAUUUCUCACUAGAUUUACAUAUCUAUAAGUAGUUUAUUUAUGAUAAUAUUCAGGAAGCAGGUUUAGAAUUGUUGUGCCAUUAUUACUUUUUGGUCAUUUUGUAACUAAGUAUUUAAAUACAGACACACCGAAAAUUUAUUAAGUGUAGUUCGACACACAAAAUGAAGAGUUUAGUGGUUUGUGUGGUAACUUUGGCCACUUUUUGUAGCAGUCUCCGAUUGCCUUCUGGUUUCAAAAAAUGUGACAAGAGACGUAGCGAUUUCAACCAGUGUUUAAGCGAUGCCGUUUAUGACACUCUUAGAAUUCUAGACAAACCUGUGAAAUCUCAUGGUUUACCAAGUUUGUACGAUGUUGAAUUUCCACCAGAUGCUGUUAUUGAAGUAGGAAACAGUACGUAUGGAUUGACACAGAAGUUUAGCAGAUUCAGAUUAGUCGGUCUUUCUAAACCACAAAGUGUCACAGCUAGGUUAGAUUUUGGGCCUGUGACUAGUACUUUAACAAUAGAGGCUUCCUUCGCUGAACUUACAUGGGAGUGUGAGUACGAAGCUCGAGGUACUCUUGUUCUGUUGCCUCUGGACGUCACAACAUUUCUUGAAUACAAUAUGGAUCAUCCAACGUUCACGUUUACAAUUAAAUUGGAAGAAUACGAAAAAGGUACUACCUACUUUAGAGUGAUUGAUUCUGAAUUCGAUAUGCCAGCACUGGGUGUCCGAGUUGAUUUUAAGCAAUUAUUCUCUAACAAAGUUCUUAACGAUGAAUUUAAUUCCGCCAUGACUGAAAAAGGGUUGCAAGGUUUGCACCACUUUAAACAUUUGCAGGCGCAUUUAGCACCAUAUCUUGGUUCGAUCGUCAGUAAUUUCCUGGACAAAGUACCAGUGGCUGAACUUUUUUAGAAUAGUGGUCUGCUUGAAACAAGGAAACUAUGUAAAGUUGUGUAACAAUAAAAGUCUUGAAUUUGAAA